CCCCUCCUCCCUAUACGCCGCUGUUUGUUGGAUAGGGACGAUGGCAAAGACACGACGACGCAGUAUGAAAGCAAAGACACCGCAAACUGCGAACGCGCCGACGGAUCGGGGGGACAAGGAGGCGUAUGUUGUGAAGGCUAUCCUCGACGCGAAACUCGUGGGCGGGAAAGUGCACGUCCUCGUUGACUGGGAAGGGUACGGGCCUGAUGGAAGGACGUGGGAGCCAGAGGAGGACUUGCUUGGUGCGGAGGACGCGUUGGAGGAGUUUAAGCGGUUGCACCCAGAACUGCUGGGGAUGGCCACGGUUGCGGGUGGCGCGACGGGGAAGAGGAAGAAGGGAGAACAUGAGGAGGGCGCUGUUGUGCAAAGUAGGGUGGUUGAGGAGGUAACUUCAGGGAGCACGCGACCGUCAAAACGCGCAAAGAAACCCACGGACGCGGUACCCGUACAGACUGAACCACAACUAUGGCCUCCACGCGAACGAGCAGCAUCGCGUGCACCAACCACUCAACAAGGAGUGCCGGAGUCACAGAGACGACCACGACGAAAGUCCACUGCGCCGCCUUCUAUCGCACGCGAUCCCUCAUCAGCACCAGCACCAGCAGUGCCAGCAGCUGCCGUGAUAGAGAUCGCAUCACAACCGGCAUCCUUCCUCCGCCUUUCACAGCCUACACCCCCACCUACAAUCCUCCCUCGCUCUCCCCCCGUACAACCCCAACCCCGACCCGCACCCUCCGCACCAGCACUAAUCGCCGCCUCGACUCUCGCCUCCGCCUCCGGCUCCAGUACGGACCCGGUACCACUCCUAACCCCUCUCUCCGAAUGGGCGGCAAAAUACAGUAUCGGGAUCGCGGCGAUGGCGGAGUUGGUUAGUGUGUUGCAUAUGGGUGGGGUGCGGAUUAUGGAGCCGGUUGUGCGUGCGAAGGCUUCGGACGCGCCAUCGCGGGGAUUAGACGAAGUACGAGAGGCACUUGGAACAGGGGAUGCGGGUGAAGGGGCACGAGGGGUGGAUGAGGAGGGAGUGAAUGUUGGACCCGAGGAGGGUUAUGGUGACGAUGACGACGCAGUGGGCGAACCAGACGACGACAGCGAACCUCCACCCACCGACACUGACGCUAUCCCCACCCGCAAAAUCGGCAACCUAAUCCUCU